CGCUACAUCUCCUAGCAAUUUCUCUGUGAGAUCCGUCUCGCUACAUCUCCUAGCAAUUUCUCUGUGAGAUCCGUCUCGCUACAUCUCCUAGCAAUUUCUCUGUGAGAUCCGUCUCGCUACAUGUUUCUUUGUGAGAUCUGUCUCGUUGCAUCUCCUAGCAAUUUCACUGUGAGAUCUAAAUCCAUUUUGACCUCGGAUUUCGAAUUUCACCCAUAAAAAAGAAAAAAGACUCCUUUUUUCUUCUUCUUUCCGAAACUGAGACGGCUACUAAUUCCAGCCGGCUCUGGGUUCGAUCCGAUUCCUAGUCUCAGUCACCGUGCUUAUAUAUUCGCGACCGCUACUCGUUCCAGUUCUAAUCAGUGUUUUCCUUGCUAAGGAUCUGAAGGGCACAAACAUGGCAGUGCGCAACAAGAGCAGCGAGAAGAUCAACACUGAUAGGGCGCUCAGUAAGACGGGGUUCAGGUCAGACAAGAGGUCGUGCAGGCCAGCCCUCCCUGAGAUGCCAGAUGAGCUUGUUUUGGAGAUCCUCCUCCGUCUCCCAGUGAAAUCACUCCUGAAGUUCAAGUGUGUUUGCAAGGACUGGCACGCCAUCAUCUCAGGCCCUUCCUUCAUCCGGAUGCACCUUGAGCGCUCCGUGUCCAACCAGCAGCGGCAAUCCUGCUACCUCAUCACCCCGCAUUUGUUGGAUUAUGCCAGUGAUGAUUUAUGGCCAAAUACAUUCUCAAACAACAUACGCUUCUACAGAUGGCAGCACGAGAGUUGUCAAGCCAGCGCCAGUCUAGUGUAUGCAAGGAACUUUCAAAGGGAGUUUGGAUCAGUCUACAGGUUUGCACAUUGCGACGGCCUUGUGCUGCUGCCCACGGAUAAUAAGAUGUACGUUGUCAACCCCGCCACAAGGGACCUGCUUACUUUGCCCGAGAGCCCCCGGCGUAUGCUCGAGCCAUCCUCCUUCUACCGUGGGAAUGUUGGUUUCGGUCGUGACCCUUGCACAAACAAGUACAAGGUAGUUCAGUGCUUUCGCCAUUCCACGGAUAAUGGCCUAGGGAGCUACAGCACUGGAAUGGAGGUUUUUACAAUAGGAAGCAACAUGAACAGCGGUUCUGCAGCAUGGAGGGACGCCAUGCCACCAUACCCCGUUGGUAACUGGAAAAACGCGACUUUCUUCAAGGGGUCUCUGUUCUGGAUCCUCCGCAAGCUCCGUCAGAGGGAACCCCCGGAGACCCGUCUACUUCGGUUCUGCCUGCAGGCCGAAACGUUUAGCUUCACCCCGCACCCUCCGUGCCCUGCGCUUGACCACCAGAACUUUGCCAUGAGUGCACUAGAGGGUGAACUGUGCCUUGCUCAAUAUGAAUCUUCACAACGGGUCGUGAUCUGGAUGACGAGCGAUGGCGAGGAUCCGAAAUGGAACCGGCGAUACAUCGUUGAUGUGGAGCCAUGCGUCACAAUAGCUAUCUCGCAGUCUGGACUUCAAGAGAGUGAACCAUAUGAUCUCACGGUACAACUUCCAGGAUCAGAGCGUGGAGGAUGUGGCUGGGUUGGAAGCUCUGAGGUACCAUGGACCCGGGGCGCGCACUGUGGAGUACAAGGGACCAAACAUGUUCUUCUUCGAUGUGAUUCCUUACACAGAAAGUCUCGUUCCCCUACACAAUGCAAGAUGAAGUGCGGCGCUCAAUUUAUGUAAUAGUUAUCUUGUGUAUUAUCCUGUUUUUUUUCAACAUGUAUGAAUGGAAGUUGUAUUUGAGCCACUGCCCACUAGUGGCAAAUCCCUGACUGAAUAAAUGUUUGAGCGGCAUAUUACUUCUA